UUUGAAAUGGCGUUGAGCCUGUAAAAGUGCUGUAAGGCGCACCUGUCACCGAUACCUACAUCAAAACAUCGAUUCCAUAGAAUAUUAGCAUCGAUGUUUCUCCGCUGUAUAACACUAAUUCUACGUGCGGUCCAAACUGGCGAAAUUAAAAUAAAAGUUCGUUUUUUUGGCAAAAUAUGCCUCCCAAACAAGAGAGCAAUGUACAGUUGGGCAAAAAACUCACGUGGCUGUUGCGGCAUGGAGCUGUCAAGGAGGGCAUUGCCAUCCAACCCGAUGGCUUCGUGAAUAUCUCAGACAUACAGUCGCACCCGCGCUACGCAGUCUUUAGUCUUCCAAAGCUGCAAGAAAUUGUAGCUGACGAUGCCAAACAGCGCUAUAUCCUGCGCUGGAAUGAGGACGCCAAAUUCCAUGAGAUACGCGCCAACCAGGGACACUCGUUGGCGGCAGUGCAGGGCGAAGCGUGUUUGGAGCGGAUUUCGAACGCCAAGCAGGUUCCUCUAGCUGUCCAUGGAACCUACUACAGGUGCUGGGAGGCAAUCAAAGCACAAGGCUUGGGCCGCAUGCGGCGGAACUAUGUGCACUUUGCAGUCAGCGAUGUGGGUGAGACUUUGAGUGGUUUCCGCAGCGAUAGCCAACUGUUGGUCUACUUGGAUGUGGCCAAAGUGUUGGCCGACAAUCUGCCGCUCUUCCGCUCCAGCAACAAUGUGAUCCUCUGUGCUGGCGUCGAUGGCUUUAUAGACAAGACAUACUUCAGUCGUGCGGUGGACAGACGGACUGGGCAACAAUUGACAUACUGAUAAAGUGCACUUAAUAAUUAACUUUAUAUUUGUGUAUUAUAUGUCAUUUUAAAGAAUAAAGAAAGGGCCCGCAAAUGGCAGAAGCCCACAUACACAAACA